AUGGACUCGCUCCCCGCCCCCUUCUCCAUCGAAAUCGACGGCAGUCCCAUCUCCAAGCCCGCCUCGGACGCCCAAGACCAGACCCAUGCAUCCACUGGCACGGAGCCUGCCGUCUUCGAGCUCAAGAACAAGCGUCUUCAGUGCGACGGCCAUGUCCUUGCCCGAGCUUUGGCCGAAGACCGCAGCUUCUCCCCAAAGAAAGUAUGGUGGUUCAAAGCCGACACGGCAACCCCGAUAUACGAUGUCGUUGCCAACAAAGACGGUGACUCGUACCAGCUCCAGUUUUCAGGCGCUGGCUUAAUGACCGAAAGUGGAAAUGUUUAUGCGGACCUCAUGGGUGACAACGGCGCCAAAGUGGUCCUCAAGAUGCAGUCUUGA